GGGAAGGAGAGCGAGAUCCCACACUCUAAAGGAAAGAACGGGGGAGGUGCAGGAGCAUGUGAGUGCAUCGACACGUACAGGAACAGAGAGGGAGAAACGGAAACAGAGAGAGAGGAAGAGAAACAGCCAGGGACAAUGCCAGAGAGAACCUCUCGCUGCUCCGUAGACCCUGUUGAUAAAGGUGCGUUGUUACCAAAAACGUGAGCCCAUCUGCCUCCCCAAGACCACCUGCACUGGGAGACCACCUGCCACAGACCACCCUGGGGACAACUGAUGCCAAAGUACCAGAGAAGAGACAGAGAGAAUAGUGCCUUUUGGUUGUAGCAGCAUUCCAGUAAAGAACCUCGUCAACCAACAGACACAUCUGGGUUCUCUUUAAGGAAAGACAGGAUGAGAAGAGACUGACAUCCUCUCCUUUUAUCACUCCCAGCUGCGAUGGAUCCCCCUGUGCAUUACGCCGAGCACACAGACUUGAACCUGGGAGAGGUGGAUGUGCGGAGAGAGAACAAGAGAGAAAUGAAGAGAUGACUGCUGCAUAUGACAGGCAUUCCUAUCUUUUGUGUGUUGGAGCCAACAUUGCAAUCUGCUGCAGGUGCCUCCUGCCUCCUCCCUCUGCUCUUCCUUGUUCUGCUCUGAGGGAAUGGCUCUGCUGGUCUGAGUAGAGAUAGAGGUGCUGGCCUUUUCCUUUCUACGGUUUGUAGGCUGCUGCUCUGCUGUUUCUAGAGUGCUGCUGCCCACUGCCUUUCCCUGAGCCUCAGAUCCCAGUGUGGUCAGCCACUGUGUGUUGUUCACAAUACUUCUCCUGCCUUUUCUCCAUCUCGGGCAGUCCAAGUGGAACGUCUAUUACAGAGAGAAAGAGAGAGCGCACAGUCUAGCCUCGAAGCUGUGUAGAUGCUUGGAAGCUCACUGCCCACUGUGCUGGACUGGAGUUGGACUCACUCAUCAAUACUGCUCUCAAAAAAAACUACCUUGAAAGCAGAAAGCACCUUGUUCUUCAGACUGUUUGUUCUGGGGGGGUUAGAAGCCUUGUAUGUAUGUGUGUGAAACAAACAAUCCACCCCGAGGAGUGUACGUGUGAGAGUAUUGUGUGCGUUUACAGUCUCUUUCUAAUUAAGCUGGCAGACUGCAGUGAGACGGACGAUCAGCCUGGGCGCCUCUUUCUCUCCCUCUUCCCACUUAGGCCCCAUUGUGAUCAUUAAUGUCUGUUGCAAACUGCCCAUGAAUUAUGGAGUAGUGAAGUCUCCAUAGAAGUAGUGACUGUGGGGAACAGAUAGACGGACAGAAGGACGGUCAGAGAAAGAGUGAAAUAGAGAAGGGGGGGGGGGGUAUAGAAAACAGAUAGUUGUAAGCUCCAACUGAACAUUUUCUCUCUACUGAGCACAGACUCAGUGGAGGUGUGAGAGAGAGAGAGAGAGAGUUGUGUGCCCUUCGUUGAACAGAUGAAUGAGAGAGGAGCUUAGAGACAACACGUGAUUCACAGAAAGAGAACUAGAGGGAGGACGAGAGAAGCAAGCUCGCAUACCACUAUCAACCUAGUUACAUCGGCGCUGCACCGGCUGCACCGACAGGCAACGGUGUAUUGUGUGUUUGCAUUGAUCUUACAUUGACUGAAACUAAUUCUCUUCGUACAAUAUUCUUUUUAAUCGUUAUUUGAGCUCAUCAGUCUUGGCCCAGCCCACCAUUUUGUUAAAAAUGUCAUUUUAAAAUGUUAUAAGAAGAAGAACGGAGAACAACCACUGCUGCUGAGCCUUUCAUUUUCCGGGGGAAUCUUUUGGAAGUCACCCUACAGUGUUUAUCAGGGAGGGACACCAUCUAACCAAUACUAGAAAUCAAACAGGGGACUGUUUAGCGUGUUGCACCGACCAGCAGAAGCCUCAAGACUGCCGAGGCAUGAGGCAAGCAGACCGUCUGAGAGAGAGGAGAGGUAUUGGACGGUGACACAUCUAGUUCCCAGAGUAAGGUCCGACUGAAUCCUGCUGGACCAGAGGAGCGAGGGAAAGAACUAUGAGCUAAGUCACCCUCAGUGAUCGACCCCUGAAAGGUGCCUGCUCACCACCCCCAUCCUGGCGCAGAGGACCAUCUCUCGAUCUGUACCCCAACCCCAGAAGAAAGGGUGUUUCUGUACCCCUAAAGGAGGGCUGAAACUGUCUGGAUAGAGACUCGACUGUUUGACUCUACAGCAGCAGGAACAUGGAUGACUCCAGCAUUCUGAGACGCAGGGGUCUACAGAAGGAGCUCAGUCUUCCGAGGAGGGGGAGUUUCUGUCGGACCAGCAAUAGGAAGAGCCUUAUUGUGACAUCCAGCACCUCUCCUACACUACCCAGACCACACUCACCACUACAUGGACACCCAGGGAGCAGCCCUCUGGACAGCCCCAGAAACUUCUCCCCCAACACGGCGGCACACUUCUCCUUCGUUCCAGCUCGCAGGACGGAUGGCAGGCGCUGGUCUUUGGCAUCACUGCCCUCCUCUGGAUAUGGCACCAACACACCCAGCUCCACUGUCUCUUCAUCCUGUUCAUCCCAGGAGAAGCUGCACCAGCUGCCCUUCCAGCCCACGGCGGACGAGCUGCACUUCCUCACCAAGCACUUCAGCUCCGAGAGCAUCACCGACGAGGAGGGACGACACUCGCCCAUGCGCCCCCGCUCACGCAGCCUCAGCCCUGGUCGCUCACCCAUUUCCUUUGACCAUGAGAUCCUCAUGAUGAACCAUGUCUACAAGGAGCGCUUUCCCAAGGCCACGGCUCAGAUGGAGGACCGUCUGGCUGACUUCCUAUCGUCCUCGGCUCCUGACAAGGUGAUGCCCCUGGCCGAUGGGGUCCUCAGCUUCAUCCACCACCAGGUCAUAGAGCUGUCCAGAGACUGCCUGGAUAAAAGCCGCGAGGGUUGCAUCACCUCACACUACUUUUACGAGCUGCAGGAGAACCUGGAGAAACUGCUACAAGACGCUCACGAGCGCUCUGAGAGUGUGGAAGUCACAUUUGUGACCCAGCUGGUGAGGAAGCUGAUGAUCGUCAUCGCUCGGCCGGCACGCCUGCUGGAAUGUCUGGAGUUUGACCCGGAGGAGUUCUACCACCUGUUGGAGGCAGCAGAGGGCCAUGCCAAGGAGGGUCAGGGCAUCAAGUCAGACAUCCCCCGCUACAUCAUCAGCCAGCUGGGUCUCACCAGAGAUCCCCUGGAGGAGAUGGCCCAGCUGAGCAGCUACGACAGUGGGAACCCAGACACGCCAGAGACAGACGACUCUGUGGAUAGUCGAGGGGCCACGGUACCUGUUGUAGCUCCCCCUAAAACCAAGGCCCCACGGGAGGAGGACUUUGAGAACAUCAAGCUCAUUAGCAACGGGGCUUACGGUGCUGUGUUUCUGGUGCGUCACAAGGAGACGCGUCAGCGUUUUGCCAUGAAGAAGAUCAACAAGCAGAACCUAAUCCUAAGGAACCAGAUCCAGCAGGCCUUUGUAGAGAGAGACAUCCUGACCUUUGCUGAGAACCCCUUCGUGGUCUCCAUGUUCUGCUCCUUCGAGACACGCAGACACCUCUGUAUGGUCAUGGAGUAUGUGGAGGGUGGUGACUGUGCCACCCUGCUGAAGAACAUUGGGGCUCUGCCUGUGGACAUGGCACGCAUGUACUUCGCUGAGACCGUGCUGGCACUGGAGUACCUCCACAACUAUGGCAUCGUACACAGAGACCUCAAACCGGACAAUCUUCUGAUCACUUCGAUGGGCCACAUCAAGCUGACAGACUUUGGCCUGUCUAAGAUCGGUCUGAUGAGCCUCACCACUAACCUGUAUGAAGGACACAUAGAGAAAGAUACCAGGGAGUUCCUGGAUAAACAGGUGUGUGGUACACCAGAGUACAUAGCCCCAGAGGUGAUCCUGAGACAGGGCUAUGGGAAGCCAGUAGACUGGUGGGCCAUGGGGGUCAUCCUCUAUGAGUUCCUGGUGGGCUGUGCCCCUUUCUUUGGAGACACGCCAGAGGAGCUCUUUGGACAGGUCAUCAGUGAUGAGAUCAUAUGGCCAGAGGAGGAGGAGGCUCUUCCUAACGAUGCCCAGGACCUCAUCUGUAAACUCCUCAGACAGAACCCUCUGGAGAGGCUGGGUACAGGCAGUGCAUUCGAGGUGAAGCAACACCGGUUCUUCUAUGACCUGGACUGGAACAGUCUGCUGAGACAGAAGGCAGAGUUCAUCCCUCAGCUGGAGUCAGAGGAAGACACCAGCUACUUUGACACCCGUUCAGACAGGUACCACCACAUGGACUCUGAAGAUGAGGACGACACUAACGAUGACGAUCACUUAGAGAUGCGCCAGUUCUCCUCCUGCUCGCCCCGCUUCAGCAAGGUGUACAGCAGUAUGGAGCGUCUCUCCCUUCAUGAGGAGAAGCGGGCCCCCCCACCCACCAAGCGCAGCCUCAGUGAGGAGGGAGGAGAGCGCAUCGACAGCCUCAGUGGGCUCAAGUCCAGAGACCGCUCCUGGCUGGUGGGGUCACCUGAGAUCCUGCGUAAGCGUCUGUCCGUCUCGGAGUCGUCCCACACUGAGAGUGACUCCAGCCCUCCUCUGGCUGUGCGUAGACGCUGCUGCUCCGCCAUCAUCGAGAUGCCACGCUUCGCCAUCUCCUCGGAGGAGGAAGGAGGGGUGGCCCCCAGUCGUAAGAGCCCCAGCCUGCUCAGCCAGACCCCCGGGGGAGUCAGGGGACCCCGCAGUGAGGAGCUGCCCCUCUCCAUCCCAGAGCUCCCAAUAGAGAGAGAGCUGAAACUGGUCGAGUCCCCCACCACACCUGGGUCCAUCACCAGCCAGCUCAGCAGAGCCACACUCACACCGGGUAGUUCAGGAGAUGUGUGGGAGCGUGGUACAGUGUCGGUAGCAGACAGCUCUACCUCUACCCCUAAGGCCAUCAGUGACCUGGCAGUUCGGAGGGCCCGCCACAGACUGUUGUCUGGAGACACGGAAAAACACACCCAGUCCAGACCCCUGAACAAGGUCAUCAAGUCUGCCUCCGCAACUACGCUCUCACUCAUGAUCCCUCCAGACCACCAUGGAGCCUCCCCAUUGGCCAGCCCCAUGUCACCCCACUCCCUCUCCUCCAAUCCCUCAUCCAGAGACUCCUCCCCCAGUAGAGACCUUUCGCCGGCCGUAGUCAACAUCAAACCCCCCAUCAUCAUCCACCGGGCGGGCAAGAAGUACGGCUUCACCCUCCGGGCCAUCAGGGUGUACAUGGGAGACACGGAUAUCUACACCGUACAUCACAUAGUCUGGCAUGUGGAGGAGGGUGGUCCUGCCCAUGAUGCAGGGCUGAGAGAAGGAGACCUCAUCACUCAUGUGAACGGGGAGGCUGUCCACGGCCUGGUCCACACUGAGGUGGUGGAGCUCAUCCUCAAGAGCGGUGGUAAGGUGUCCGUCUCAGCCACGCCCUUUGAGAACACCUCCAUCAAGGUAGGCCCCGCCCGCAAGACCAGCUCCAAAUCCAAGAUGGCGCGACGCAACAAAAAGACCAAGACCAAAGAUGGAGGCCAGGAAAGCAGCGGCAAGAAGAGGAACUCUCUGUUCAGGAAGAUCACCAAGCAGGCGUCUCUGCUCCACACCAGCCGUAGUCUAUCCUCCCUCAACCGCUCCCUGUCUUCUGGAGAGAGUGGACCAGGGUCCCCCACACACAACCUGUCCCCCAGGUCACCUACACCUGGUUACCGCUCCACGCCUGACUCUGCACACUCUGUAGGGGGAAACUCGUCUCAGAGCAGCUCUCCCAGCUCCAGUGUUCCAAACUCCCCAGCCAGCUCCGGUCACAUCCGGCCCAGCUCCCUCCAUGGCCUCGCCCCCAAGCUCCAGCGCCAGUACCGUUCCCCUCGACGCAAGUCAGCCGGCAACAUCCCCCUAUCCCCCCUGGCCCGCACCCCCUCCCCCACCCUGCAGAGCACCUCCCCCCAACGUUCUCCCUCCCCCCUGCCCAGCCAUGCUGUGGGUUCCUCCUCUAUGGGCCAGUCUUUCCCUGUGAAACUCCACUCCUCCCCUCCUCUGGUCAGGCAUAUCUCCAGGCCCAAGAGCACUGAACCCCCCCGCUCCCCACUCCUCAAACGAGUACAAUCCACCGAGAAGCUUGCCUCCUCCCUCUCCUCCUCCUCCUCCUCGUCUCCCUCUGCGUCGGGGGCCGGAGGUGACAAGAAGCUGCCUGUAGCGGUAACAGGACGUAAACACAGCCUGGACAUCUCCCACCAGGAGUUUAAGAAGGAGAUGCUUCAGAGAGACCCCAGUCUGCAGAUCCUGCAGGAGUCCGCUGGGGAGAGAGAGGGGGUGCUGGGGGUCGGGACAGGGGUGGGGGGUCGCGGGGGCCCCGUGGAGAAGGGCAGCCUGCAGAAACACUCCUCCUCCAGCAGGAAGCUGGGGCGUCAGGAGGGGGACGUCGGACCGGCAGCCGGGUCCCUGGGGCUGGCCCCCGGGAAGAGCAAGCUGAAGGACAAGCUGUCAGCCAUUAGACAGGACCGGGCUGAGAGGAGGGAGUCACUGCAGAAGCAGGAUGCUAUCCACGAGGUGGACUCUUCAGAGGACGAGACAGACGAGGGGUCGGAGGACAGCCAAGACGGGAGGGGCAGGAACACCUGUACUUUCACCCCCCCGCUGCUCCGCCCCACCUCCGUCAUGGCCACCGCCCCCCGCACGGGACCCGGGGGCACCCUCCCCUCCCUGUGUCUGUCCCCCUCCUCCACCCUGCUGCCCAGCAGAGCCACCAUACCCUCCACAAUCCCCGAACACAAGCCCACUCAGAGUGCUCCUUCGCUGGGAGGGAAAGACAGCGGCUCAGCCUCCUCAGAUGACUGUGGGAGGAGAGAGGGGAAGGCUCCAGACACCAGCUCCAAGUUCACCCAGAGCCCCCUGUCCAGCACCUUUGCCACACUCGGCAGUGCUUUCAUCUCCAUCAGUAAGGACACCAUCCUGAAGCCUGCUGCUCCAUCUUCACAUCAGGAAUGGAGGAGCCCCAAGCUACCUGAGCCCAGAGGGAAGAGCAGUAGUCCUGGGUUAUGGAGUGAGGAGAGAGACUCUGGCCUGGAGGCCCCCAGAUCCAGCCCCACUGGAUCCAUAGAUGGCAGAUACAUAGCCCACACACCCAUCUCUUCCCCAGGCAUCACCAAGGAGAAAAAGGAGGCCGACAACCGGAGGCAGGCUGCUGCUGCCGCCGCCGCUGCAGCCUACGCCACCCCAACCUACGCCACCCCAUCCUACGCCAUCCCCAGCCCCCCAGCCCAAGUGUCAGGGUCAGAGAGUGGGGUGGAUAAGGUUGUGUCCCAGCUAGCCACUGUGGCUAAGAGCUUCCUGGGCCCCGUCAAACUCACUAUCCCUGGGGCCAAGGAGGCUUUUGAGAGGGCCAAAGACCAGAACCAGAAACCCUCUCACCCCAAGACCACACCCGACUCACCCCUUACCACUACCACCACCACACCCCUCUCCCCCUCCCCCUUUAGACACCCUGCCCCUCAGCCACCGCCCCGCCUGUCCUCCCAGUCUCCUUCCCGGCAGCCCUCUUACAAAACUGAGCCAGCCCCCCCCCCCCCUCCACAGAGGAGGGCCUCCCCUCCUAAAGACUGUGCCCCGGGGCCCCAGGACCACCCAGAGAGGCCAUUGAUGGGGUUACGAGGCAGUAGGGAGACUCCAGCCAUUACAGCUGUUACUGCACCAAGGCAGGGGCCCACCAACACACCCACCCAGACCCCUACUGCAGCCUCGGAGCAGCGCAAGAGGCCAGACCCAGCUGCCCCACAGAGACCCAACCCUGCCUCCGCAGCCUCCACCCCACAGGACAAAACCAGCAGCAAGAAGACGUAGCAGAAAACAAGACUCAAGAAACACCCAUGACGAUACAGACUGCUGUCACGAGAUUUUAAUCUUAAAUCCACAAACAACUGCAUGAGAAUUAUAAUUUAUUCAAAACUUUUUGCAACACACAAAUCAUUAUGAGAGAGAGAGAGAGAGAGAGAGAGAGAGAGAGAGAGAGAGAGAGAGAGAGAGAGAGAGAGAGAGAGAGAGAUCUUUGCCCUGACUGUGUAUGUCCCAGAGGCAUCCAGGCUCGCUGUGCCUCUCUUGUUCUUUCUUAUUCUGUGUUUUAUCAUUCAGACAUGGAUUAAUGUUCCUGUGAAGUCAGUCUGUGUUUGUUUCUCCCCGCAAAGAAACACGGGGGGGGGGGUGUUAGUUCACUGAUCCACAGGGAAGGAUUAACAAACGCCCGCACUAAUGGUUUUUUCUAGUAUACCGCCUCGUUACCUUUCCCCUUGUAGUUCCAGUAGUCCGACGUGCGUUCUUAGCUAGCCAAUAGAUCAGGUCGUGCCUUAUAAACAAAAUGGCACCCCACCCCACCCCACCACUCCACCCUGCCUGCCUGCCUGCGUGUGUCUCCAGUCGUCCGUGACUGAAAAGGGUGUAUCUCAGCAAUAAAAGUAGUGUGUGCUUCGCAAUCAGUAUAAACAGUCUGUUAAUGAAACCAUCUGCAUUGCUCACGUUUACACACUCAGCAGUUUACAAAAAGGCAAAUUACAUUGUGUAUUAUUAUUAUUACUCCCUCAUGGUCUAACGCUGCACUCUGUCUCUCUAACAGUAUAAUACUGCGGGCUGGCUAGAGAACCCUCUCGUCCCUGUAUAACACACUAUUUUAAUGAAGCGGCUGUCAAUGUCUACUAAAACGGUGCUGUUGUGUUGGAUAUCAUAGCGCUCCACGGUAAACUCCUUUCCCAUCCGCUCCACUGGCCCUUCCAUGAUUAUAGCUGGACCCGCCAAGUGUACCCGAAUAGAGCUCUAUGUGGGUGUAAGCAUGUGUCGUGGUAGCUAGGAUACCUAGCCUAGCCAUUCACCUUGUAGCUUGCAUGAUAGCCUCACCAAAUCUACACCCCCUGACUCAAGGGACAUGUUUUUUAAAUGAUCAAGGAAAAGUAGGAUGUUCAUAUCACAGCCUUUACAUAGCAUGGACUACAGGUGAGGUGGAGAGGUUCCGGGUGAUCUGGUCACAGACUGCCCUGGGGACAACUGGUCGAUCUGGUCCCUGGUCUGAUUUGAUCGCAUCUUGUUUGGUCAACCACACAGACCGACGCAGUGAUGAGAUCAGAGUCAAGUGGUUAAAGAUGAGGUACCGUCGGAUCUAGUAAAAGAGAUUUGGGUUUGUGUACCAGGCAGAAGCUCGAUUACCCAGACUCCUCGGUAACCGAGGCAAGGAAGUCAGCUCACAGGUCUGUUUACGGGCCAGUCAAAAGUACUACAGUAGGCACACCAGCCACCUAUAAACUGUAUUAUGACAACCAGUGGUUUUCCACAUCCAAAUGGACCAUUAUCUUUAUUUCUAGCCCCUGCGCACUCUGUUUUUAUCAGCCACUAAAGGUGUUGAUUUGACUUUGUAUUUGGACCAACUCGCUGUGUUCUCUGUGUCACGCCUCUUGUCCUGUAAAGCUAGCAGACUUUACUUUCUAUAUGCGUGCAAGAGUAUGUAUUGCCGUUUGGCUGUCAGAUGUGUAUAUAUACGAAUAUUUAAAGGUCUGUUUUUGUGUGUGUUUUAGUUAGGGUAGACUUUGUUAGUUACUCCUGUUAGCACUGCCUGUCCCUGAUAGGCCUGAUGCUCGACUGAUGUCUCAGUUGGCCUAUAGGGUUGGGACGGGCCAGUAGGGGCGUGGGCUUUGCACAACCCUUUUUAUCUCUGUCAAAUGGAAACGCCAACUAAAUAAAAAGGGCCAAUCAGAUCCCUGGCUUUUAGGUCAGCCACGACAAUGUCGACCAAUCAGUGAGCUGAACACCCCUAUGAUCUUGUGUGCCACUGCUCUGUGUGUGAGUGUUUGUGAGUGUGUCUGUUAGUGUGCAAAGAGGGGAUGCUUUCACGGUGCAAAACUAUGGCCAUGUGACUACCUACAUCGUACAUCUAAAUAAUUUUUGGUGUGCGAGUUCAAAUCUCCCUCUGUAUGCGUGUCGGUCCACAGUGUGUCCUGCAAAGUUUACGUUGCUGUUGGAGAUGUUGCAGAGAGCGGCUCUGGGAUGACUGCGGGUGAGACAGGACGAUAUCUGUCCGGUGUCCUAAUAGAUACUGUAGAGGUCUGUGCUGUCAAAUACCUAACCCCAGACAGACAGACAACCCCGUUGACUGACUGUGGCUUCCGAUCUGUGUAAUAUGUUUACAUGUUGUUCUUCUAUCUUUCACAUCCGGAGUCCUCCGUGCCACUUGCAAUCCACCCCUGUAACAGAGAGUGAUCAUUAUCAAUGCCGACAGCCUUUCCACAUGCUAAAGUUACCCCGGAUUAUACCAGGGUGACGAGCUUAUCGUGGUCUUUACAUGCACAUUGUAAUGUAAACCUAACCACUGAUGUACCACAGACAAUGUUAAUGUGGAGGAACAGCACGUCAUGUUUAAAGGUUGGGCCCUGGUCAAAAGUAGUGCACUAUAUGGGAAAUGGGGUGCCAUUUUGGCAGCGUCCUAAAUCACCUACAGUGCGAAUAGUUGUCUCCUCUCGUGCAGAAGGAUCGAGGUGAGAUAGGUAGAUUAGUUGGUGAGGUAUAGGCCUCACAGAGAGCUACCUGCUGUCAUUUGUCACAGGGACAUAUCGGCCAAGCUUAGCGCUAUGAUUUAACCACUUGCAUAUCACCCAGGCAUCCUCCCAUCUGGUCGGCUCUGCAGGUGGUCCUGUCGUUAUUGCUACAUGGACAGCUGCUAUUCUCUCUGAUCAAUAUGAGUGCCAUCCUCCACCGCCCGGCGCCAGCCUCACCAUCCCCUGACAGCAAACACUUAAUGUUGUAUCACACACACACACACACACACACACACACACACACACACACACACACACACACACACACACACACACACACACACACACACACACACACACACAGUCCCAUGUGUGAUGAUGAUCGUCCGGCCAUCUGACUGAAAGUCAAGUCAAGUGUCAGUUUCCCCGGUGGAGUCAUUAAUCUCUAGCCCAGGGCUGUGUGCUGCCCCAUGCUCCUAGCACACACACACACACACACACACAGCAAAUUCAGCCAAACAAAACACUGCCUACGCCUAGCCUGGGACCGUCGCCUCCAAUUUUCAACUAGGCCUCCCCCAGAGCCCGAAGCCACGGUAACCCAUAGGGGCACUCCCUCUCUCUGUUAACCCUGUGUGUAACCUCCACCCUGGACCUCCCAGUGUUUUGACCUCACUAGAUCUCUAAAAGACGGAGAUCCAUCCAGGAUGUGUUUUUUUACUGUAUCCGCAGUGUGCAGAGUGUGGCAAAGCCCAUAGCAGUGUCAGGGCUGUCCACCGUAAGUCAGUGUGUAGAGACCAAUGCCACUCAACUGAACUGAAGGUAGAAAAUACAAUUGACUCUAUACUACGGACUGGACUUCUGGGGGGGGUUUUCUCGGCCAGUAUUUUAAUGGGCGUGUGUGAUCCUUUGUGUGUACAGUGUGUUUGAAGCUGAAAGGUGUGAAGGAGAGGAGUGAGGAUCUGCCGGAGAAAGGUUAAAAAAAAAAGAUUGCUAGAGCAAAGCCAGUGCAAUAUCUUUUUAUGUUCCGUUGUGGUAAACGCAUGUUGUUGUUGUUAAUCCUACCUUAUCUUAAUAAAGUUUUUUUUAAUGUAA